AUGAGCAAUGCUCUUCUGACUCGCCCACGGCAACGUGAUUGGACUGCUCUUUCGCCGGCGAGUGCGCGCUGCCGCCCUCCUUCCGGUGCAUCUUACGUCACCACGGCCCCUCAACCAAUCCAAAUCAAGCAGGUAGGCUGGCUUGGUUGCGCGGGCGUCACACGCCGAGCGAGACUGGCCGCAUGCAAAUUCACCUCCCACCUCCGCCCCACCUCUUACUCAUCGGCCAGGCGCUCCUCCAAGUCCACACUUCAGUUUUCAAUGCCAAUAAUACUUAUUUGCACGGGGAGCCCGUCACUGCCAUGCAUUAAUCCGCCGAGGCAGCCGAAGCCGUGUUGCCAGGGUGUCAAGCACAGCUUCGGACAGGUGCACGCCCACCAUCGCCACGGCGGGCGUCGUGUGUCCCGAAGGUCAUCUCCCGCCCUCGGCAGUCAGUCUGCAGAUCUGAGUCAUCCCCACCCCCUCCUCGUCCCGUUUCCCUUACAGCCGGGAUUGGGCCAACUGCCGCGCGCUUACAUGCUUCCUUAUUGCUGUUACCGGUUAUCCUCAGUGGGAUUGUGGCGACCCUCCUCCAUGGGCAGACAACUGCAGGUGGCUGUAAAGAUCCUCGACUUGGAUCGAUUUCCAACGAAAACGGAAGACUUUCUGAAGGAGGCCGCAAUCAUGAACAAUCUCGAUCAUCCCGACAUCGUGCGGUUGUAUGGCGUUUGCGUUGCUCCAAAGUGUCUGAGGCUGGUGACCGAGCUUGCGCCUCUGCGAUCGCUACUCGAGUGUCUGCGCGAGCCCGACCUGCGCACCUCGUUUCCCGUCUCGACGUUGCACAACUUCGCCGUCCAGAUUGCUCGUGGCAUGUCCUACCUGGAGGAGGAACGACUCGUUCAUCGCGACCUCGCCGCUCGCAACAUCCUCGUUUUCGCCAAGGACAAAUCGUACUACCAGACCAACUUCAACGCCAACCUUCGUCUGCCCAUCGCGUGGUGUGCCCUCGAGGCCAUCCACGACCUGCGCUUCACCAGUGCUAGCGACGUUUGGUCUUACGGUGUGACGCUGUGGGAGAUGUUCACCUACGGUUUCGUGCCCUGGGCCGGUCUCUCGGGCAAGCAGAUUCUUGAGGCGGUCGACGUGCCGAAUUCCCGGCGAUUGGCACAGCCCGACGCCUGUCCUGACGCCGUCUUUGAUGCGGUUAUGCGCGCCUGCUGGAACCACGAGCCCAAUUCGAGGCCCACCUUUGCCCAGUUAACAGAAAUGUUGCCUCACUUGAGUCCGCAAGCCUGGUCUGUUGUGGAAGAUAGCCUGAAGACGGAAAGCUCACCACCGAAAAUCGUGAACGACAUUCGGCCUUUCCUAACGGAAAAUGGAAGUCAUGAAGCCGAUGCUCCUGACGUCGACAAUCAGCCAUCCAAGUCCCUGUUGAAAGUCCGAGCCGGCGAGACUGUUUAUGUUUUGAGCAAAAAGAACCCCGAGCUGUGGAAGGUGGUGUCACACUCAACCUGCCAGGUCGGUUAUGUUCCCCCAGAGAAUCUGCGCAUUGUGUCUACCACUGUCCCUUCCUCCCAGCGAACACCGGGUCCCCACCACCACCACCAUACCUCCGGUGGAACUCUCUCCCGCAUGCGCUUGCGCUUCAGCCGAAGAGAAUCAAAUCGCGGCUCACCCAGGGGUCCAAUGAGACUCAAUCGGGAUUUGAUAUCGUUGCCACAGAACGACUUCCGUCAUGUCGGACACGUGGGUGCCGAUGGAACUGUCUUCGGCGACGUCGGGUUUUCUCUUGAAGACGUGGAAGGCGGUAAGAGGGAUUCCAGCCCUACUGACAGCUGCCUGACCAUUGAAAGCACAUCGGACAAGGAAAAUCCUCGUCUUUCUGACCUCACUAUUAACGAGCAGCGCGCAAGCCGUGGCUCACCGGUUGCCUACGAUCGGGUGAAGGCGUUGCCUUCUCAUCCUGAAACGUGCACCCCUCCACCUCUGAGGUCCCCAUCGGAAAACAGUCGGAUCGCCGAAAAACCGUGUUCCGCUACUCAACCUCCUCCUUCCUCUACCCCUGCCGCACCUCCUUCGUGGUUCUCCACCUCUAAUGAUGCGGCAAAUGGUUGUGAAGCCUCGAUCCUUGAUAUGGGUUCGUCAUUCAUGGAGGAGAUAUUUCAGUGCUUAUCAGCAAAGACUGAUGGACUUGGGAUUUCGGCUGUUGCCUCUCCUGAAGUUGGCGCCUCGCAAUCUGCGGCUCCGGUGACGUCGAAAACGUCGCCACCUCCAUCACCCACGCGGGUCGAGCGAGAGGCCUCCUCCUCCCCCCCAAUCUCUGUCCGGACACCUCUCCCCCCUGUAUCCAAGCCCACCCGCAGUCGGGAAACAACACCUUCGGAGUUUUCGUCACAAGCGCAAGAACAGCCUCUCCGUAACGCCAUAAAACGCCUUAGCCUCGAUCAAGCCAAUGGGUUUGAUGCGUCUUCACCGUCGCUGUCAUCGGCUGAUGCCGCUGGCGAUCGUGCCUCGCUUGUGGACACCUCGUCGAGGCAUUUUCGAGGGAUCGGCGGCAGCAGCAGCAGCAGGGCGGGCACCACCAGCACGUUGGCGCGUGCCUUUCGCAAGUCCAGCGCCUCGUUGACGCGUCGUUCGGCGGCACAGAAGGCUCCGUCGGCCCUCUCCUUGGAACAGCCUCAAGCACCGCUCAUCAAAGGACGCCUUGAGCCAUCUGGGAAACUGAAGCGGCCCAUCAUCAGCGGACCCGUGAUGAUCAGCAACCCUGUGCUGUUCGCUGGUUCCUCGGCAGCCUCCAUCCUGUCGUCUGAGGGGACGACAACGGCGGCGGUCUCCACACCGCCUCUCUCCCUUCACGAAACCAGUCGCGGCUCCUCCAUCACCGCCUUCUCCAACUCCACCUUCCCGUUCGGCGCUGCCAGCAACACAACCCUGAUGACUCCUCCUGCCACUACGACCUCUUCGACUACCCCGUCAAUUUCUCCAGCCCCCUCCACGUCGUCUUUGGCCACCUCGAGCAACUCAUCGUCGAAUAUCUACAACCAGAGCAGCAGCAGCGGCUACUCGAGGUUUGCGCCCCCCGCGGCCAUUUUGUCGUCCAGCCAUGGAGGAGGAGGAGGAGGACUCCGCGCACUGAGGGAUCGCUGCGAUUUGGUGUUCAGAGCCCCCGCCAUGAGUUCUGGAUCUGCAUUUGUUGGUAGGCGCAGGGCAAAUCCUGUCAAUGCCGCCGAUCACGAAUCAAGGUACCACGGCUACGCCGGUGACACCCUUGGUCGAAGACAUCGAUCCGUCUUCACGCCAUGCCCGGCAACUGUGACUCUGCCUCGCCGUAACCACUUUAGCUUGAAAGAACGACUUAAUCCGAGUGCGGAAGCCGAUGUUUCUUCAGCUGCGCGCGUCGAGCCGACCAGAAUCAGCUCUUAUUCGACAAGAGAACGAUCGGCCGAUCAGCAGACCAACCCUUCACCCUCAGAACUCGACCAGUCGUCUUCUGUCGCUACUCCCACGGCGUCGGACUACACUUUCAUCCCUCCCUCCUCCUCCCUCCCUGGGCCUGACCUUAAAUCAUCACCCCCCUCUCAGGGUCAGUUCCACUGGGUAGCUCUUGUGGCGUCACCUCUGACGCCUAAAGGUCAUGGACGUAGCGCCUAUGUGACCGCCAGCGCAGCUCCUGCUUCCAGCGAGAUUGGUGGUGGACUCUCCGAAGAACUCCUCAGUUUUUGGGGCUCGGAAUUUGCCAGUAUUUUGGGUGAAAGCGCCUCGGCCGCAUCGUAG